AUGGUCAAUAUCAAGAAUAUAUUCUCCAACAUUUUCAGUGGGUUUUCCGCGGACUUCAAGAAGAAGAACUUCUCCCUUUAUGGUCAAUGGCUUGGUAUCCUCAAUAUCUUCUUGUGUCUUGCCUUAGGUAUUGCCAAUAUCUUCCAUUUUAACUUGGUGAUUAUCUUUUCCAUCAUUUGUAUCAUCCAAGGUCUUGUUGUGGUCUUUGUGGAGAUUCCAUUUUUGUUGAAGAUUUGUCCCUUAACCGACACUUUCACCAAUUUUGUUCGUAAUUUCGAUGAAAACUGGCCUCGUUGUGGCUUCUACUUGUUAAUGGCUGCCAUCCAGUAUCUUAGUUUGGUCAUCCAAGCCACUUCCUUGCUUGUUGUUGCCAUUAUUUUCACUUUUGCGUCGGCCUGCUACUUCUUCGCCGCUGUCAAGCAUCAGGAAUACCUUAAAACAUCGAUUAGCGUCACGGGCAACAACGAUGACUUGGAAUCACAAGUUGCUCACAACGUCGUUAGAAAUGUGUUGUAA